UUCCACGAGUCGAGGAAGCAAGUGGGCGUCCAUUUUCCUUCGCCAUAUUGAAUUUGGUCGGACAUCUUUGGACGCCAUGUUUAGUCGGACAUAUUUUAUAAACAUUUUCGCGUAAAUUUCAAAUAUUUUCAGGCACUAAAUAUUUAACUUUUUUUCACUGAAGUGUAUAGUAUUGAUUGCAGUGAAUAUUGUCCGGAAAAAUUCUGUGCCUGCGCAACAGUCCAUAUUUGUCUCCUGGGGACCGUGGAGCUUUUGUUAUAAGCUAAAUAAAGGGCCCCAAAAUGAUGAAUCAAGAGAUAAUGUGUGAAGUUGAGAUUGGGACACAUGGUGGUAUGGUAGAAAUAGACAAUGAUGACCAGGUGGGCGUUAAGUAUGAAGAAAUAGAAACAGGUCAAUAUGAAGAGUAUAUAACAGAUGAUCAAUAUGAAGAAGUUGAGGAGCAGGUCAUUGGUAUGCAGCAUUUGGAGGAGGAUUAUAAAAUUUCAGUUGGCAAUGAAGAAGUUAUUUUACCGGGUAUUUCGGGAGAGGAAGUCCUGCAUCCUGUAGCUGACAACCCAUAUGAACCAGUGUAUACUGCACCACCUUCUACAAGCAACUCAAGAGUGCGAGGUCGCGGACGUGUCAACGCAAACAACGCUAAUACCAUUCAUCACCUGAUGCCUAUUGGUGAAGUGCCGAUGGGUCUUAUGGAAGGCGUGAACGCGAACCGCAGCGCGACGAGACGAUGGGAACAAAAACAAGUACAGAUCAAAACUAUGGAAGGAGAGUUUUCUGUCACUAUGUGGGCUACGGGCGAGGACGAUGAUGACGGAUCAAAUCCAGAGCCAGAUCCUGACUACACAGAGUAUAUGACAGGCAAGAAGACUGUUAUAGGCAAUGAGGCAAUGCCAGGUUUAGAUCUAUCAGACCCAAAGCAGUUGGCGGAGUUUGCGAGACCGGGACAUAAGAUAAGACUAAAGAAGCCCCUGCCAGAGUCAUCUGAUAGAACGAUAGCGUGUCCGCACAAAGGCUGCACGAAGAUGUUCCGCGACAACUCCGCCAUGAGGAAACACUUGCACACGCACGGCCCACGAGUCCAUGUCUGCGCUGAAUGUGGUAAGGCAUUUGUGGAGAGUUCAAAGUUAAAACGUCACCAGUUGGUGCACACGGGGGAGAAGCCCUUUCAGUGCACGUUCGAGGGCUGCGGCAAGAGGUUCUCACUUGAUUUUAAUUUAAGAACGCACGUGCGCAUCCACACAGGCGACCGGCCCUACGUCUGUCCCUUCGACGGCUGCAACAAGAAGUUCGCACAGAGCACCAACCUAAAGUCCCACAUACUUACACACGCCAAGGCCAAAUCAAGAAAUUCAUUAUCACGUAACGGUGGCGCGGCGUACGAAUCUGCGAGAACGACGCCGCAGUAUGUGCAGCUGGAGGUGUCUCCGGAUGACUCCAACCCACAACUCAUCUUCUACACGCACGAGUGAAUGUGAACAAAGUGAUGUGAUACAGACACGUGAUUAGUGAAUUAUAUGUCUCAUUGACAGACUUGUAAAUAUAUUUAGUGACAUGCAUUUACAUUUGUGAAUAAAUGUCCAAAAAAGCAUAGUGAAAGAAUCUAAAAGACUGCGGAUAUGAAAUAGUGUGAUAGUGUAUAAAUAGGUUAUCUAAUGUUGUUAGUGAAGCAAUUUUUGUAGUCAUUUUCCUACGAAAGUUCCAAACGGCGGUAGACCUUAUAAUAAAUGGCCGCCUGAAUCGCUCUAGCUGUUAGUGAAGUGUUUAUCAUUUUGCAAUGCCAUAGAUGAAUACAAUCAAACCUGGAUAAGCGAGAGUCUUUGUCUGGUCCCGACAGAUGACGUCCAUAAGCGGGAAACUCCUUAGAAAGACACCUCUAUAAGUGAGAAAAAUUGCAGUCACUUGGACUCUCAGUUAUCCAAGUUCAACUGUAAUUGGAUGUUGGAUUUCUCUUAGUAACUGGCUUUGGCUGUUUUAAUAAUUAAGAAAAUAAAGAAGAGAUAAACGAAAAAAGACGUAAUCACAAUAUAUAUUUUACCUAAUAACGUAAUUUUUUUUAAACUUUGACUUUAAUAUUAAUAUAUUUUUUUUUAUUUACGACAAGAAUAAAUGACAUCUCUAAAACUGUCAUUUAUGUAAACUAUGAUUGCUACCAAAGAUAUCCAACAUCUGAUUCAAAAUUAAAAAACAAAACUGAUUGUGCUUUUAGUAAUGAACAUGGUUCAUUUGAUGAAUUUAUAAUAGUUUUAAAUAUGGCUUCAAGUGACAAAAUGUGUAUAAACAAGUUGUGAUUUUAUAGUUAGCGCACAUGUCCUUAGGUGCGGUGACUUAAUUCUAUUAUCAAGUUUAUUUAAUCAUUAUUGUGAUGAUUUUCUUGGUAUUUUAAAUUAAGGUUUAGACUUUGUAUCAAUUUUGGGAACAAGUAAAAACGCUGAAAUCGUUUUAUUAAUUCAAAAUUAAGAUUAAAUUGGUAAAAAAGUCACUAGAAGCCUCAAACGAAUUAAAACAUUCUUGUUUACCUCAUAUUACUGAUAGUCUCAUGUUAUAGCUUGACCAGGAAUACGAAAAACCUAGCCAUAUUGUGGGAAAAUAAAGAACUAUACUACAAAGCAUAAUAGAAGCCAGGUUUUUUAUAUUCUUGGUUAGGCUAUAGAUGAUAAUUUUGUCAAUUGACUUUCACAAUGUACGAUUUAUUUACAGUAGAAUUAUCAUUUUGCUUUGGGAAUAAUUACUAAUAAUAGCUACUAAUUUUUUUUAGAAAAUGAUUUUUCUCUUUAUUUUCGUUAGUCAUUUCAUUUUUAGUAUUUAAAUAUAAAAUAACUAAAACGAUACGCUUUGUUAUGUAUUUGGCCACAAAAAUGGAUAUCAAAAUUGUUAUUUACCACAGUUGCAACAAUGUUGCUAUGGUGACAACAAUUUUAAGUACAUAUUUGUGUUGCCAUGAUUGUACAUUUUGUACUAUAUAAAUGCCAAAAAGAAGAUGUUUUGUAUUAUAGAGUUAUAUGUAGAUUUUUUAAUUAAGGGGAGGUUCAUGCAGUCUUAAAAAAUAAUUAUUUUCUUUAAUGAAUUUUGACUUAACAAAUGUGAAUCUUGUAAGUGUUGUAAGGAAUGUUUUGUUGUGUGCAGGUUUUAUUUUAGUAACAUAAUGUAAGUAUUCUGAGAAAGUUUAUUUUGUUCCGAUGGAUGUUUCCCAUUGACUGAUUCCAUUGCACAUUGCAACAUAUAUUUGUAUGUUUCAAUUAAAUCAUAUUUUUAUUGUAUUCUGUAACUGCGAAAAUCAAUGGAAUGGUUUUAUUUUUAUUGUACCAUCGCGAUGUGAUGAAAGAUUUGUCAAGUGAUAUGACAAUCAUACAAAAAUAAAGUGUAAAUAUUUCUAUAAAA